CGAUAGCGCGUGACGACAGUGGCCCUAGGCUUUGUACAGGCUGCGUCACGGGCGAUGUGGGUGUGAUGAUAUGGCCGUGAAGUUUAUGAUCAGUCACAUGCUAUCCACAUGACGGGCGAACGCGAGUUGGAUACCCUGGCCUCUUUUGUUCCAGGAAGGCCUCGUCUUAAUUACAGUGACGCACUUCCGGCUCGUCUGCCAAUUUAGUAAUGUUGUGAAAAGUGAAUGCCACCGACCUCUCAUAAUCCGGAUUAUCCCAAGAUGGAGAGAAGGCGCCUUGUAGGGUACAAAGCCAUGCUUACUCGAACUGUUGGCAUCCGUGUAAUGCCCAAUUGUACGACUGCUAGACGAGAGAAAUCCAGGAUGUGAGUACGGCUGACGUAUGAAUGAAUGAGCAUGAAUUGCAUGCCCAAGAUGCCUCGAGGCCUUCAAUUGGUCAGUACCUGUCUGCGCAAAUCAUGUCCUCGGGAACUGCUGGCCAUCGGUACAGAUUGACCCAGCAGCUGGAGAUCUUCUGCACUGGGAGCCCAGUCUGGAAGAGCUGACCUCAUGUGCAGCACGAGGAAAAGGGCCUCAGGAAAUCCAAGCCACCAAGAUUUUUCCUUUCAUUCCACUCGCUCUGUUUUGCACAAGCAACUACGCUCUUGCAGCCCGUAACUGCCAACCGUCUCCAAGAAGCACCUCGAGGACGAACACUCUUUCACUUCUUGCAGAGACUUGGAGAGUUCAUGAACAGCCUCCACCACUUCUGAACUGCCGCAGCUGCUUGCAGUUCAGUAUCGAGGCAGGGAGGAGAAUCGGAAGAGGUCAUGAAGAUGCCGGUCUACCUUCUUGCAGCGCUGCCACUCACAUUGGCGCUGAUCGCCUUCACUUUGAGUAAACCAUGGUCCGUUCGACAAUUCGUGGCCACUCAGCAGCCACUUCUCCAACCUCCACCACUUCCUGCUCCGCCCGAUUGCCCGGACAGUGGCCGAGAGGACAUCGGCUUCAUUCCUGAAUAUGCUGGCUGGAGAUUCGAGCGUCCGCUAUCUCAAAUUGCUGUGGCUACCACCACCUCCGUGGAAUUGCACGUUCUACUUCUGUGGAUAUAUUACCAUCGUCGCCUAGGCGUCGACACGUUCUACAUCUUCGUUGAAGGGGAGCUUGAAUCACCGGAGAAGCGCUCCAUUCUUCGAAGUAUACCCGGCGUGAAGGUGAACUCCCGUACCAUGAAGUUGCGCGAAAAGCAGCUAAAAAGUCCCAUAUGGAAAGGCAAUUGGCUUCUGGACUAUCAGUACAAACCAUGCAACUACCAGAAGUACGUUAGGCAGGCAUUAAAUCUUGAAGCAGCUACAUAUGUGGCCAGGCGUGCAGGCAUGAAAUGGAUUUUGCAUCUCAGUGUCGACGAGUUGAUUCAUCCUGGAGGAGAAACGCACGAUUCUCUUGCCUCUACACUCCAGGGCUUCAAUGAAUCUGUUGACCUUGUAGUAUUUCCACAUUAUGAAAGCGUUGUCGAGAGUGACAGUGUUCAAGACCCCUUUACAGAUGUUACUCUGUUCAAGCGCUCUCCUAGCCAUAUUACGAAGCGAGACUAUCGACAGGUUUUCGACCAAGUGUCACAUAACAAUUCCCUGUACUUUUUGAGUCAGGCCGAUGGCCGAAUAGCUGCACGUCUUCAGCCUGGCUUACAUCCCAGUGGUCCCAACCGAUGGAGCAAUGCAUUUAAGGCUCUGAGAGAUGUCGCUGCGGACGAAGCCGUUGUGUUGCACUACACGUAUACGAAAUUUUCUGAUUUGACUGCCAUGCGUUCGCUGUGUGACGAGUGCCAAGCAGUACCCAAGCUUGCUCGAAGAUGCUUUCUUAAUGAGUUCGACAGCGCGGCGUUCAUCGCUGCCAAAACCUUAUCAGACGAAGGAUUGUUCCAGUGGUACAAGGAUCAUGUGGUCUGGCAAAAUAAGACUCUGGUCCAUAAGCUCGUCCAACGGAGUAUACUUGUGCGGAAUCAUAUACCCCAGAUUAUAAUCCAAGGACUCAGAGAGGUAGGAUUCUUUCAAGAGAUGAUAGAAGCUGGAAGUCAAGCAUUUGAAGACUCUCAGAUGAUCGAAAAGCUAGAAUUGAAGGAAAUGGUAAGACUGGGACAGGAAGCAGGAAAAUUUAAGCUUGAAAUGGCAAGCUUGAGAUUUUCAAAAAGGAGGCAGGGAAAAGUAGUCGAAAGACAGAAUAGGUCCGAUUUGGAGGAUCAGUUAGAUGAUCAGCGUCAAUCAGGCGCAUCCACCCAUCACCCAGCUCGACGUCAAUCAUCACCCGGACUUCAGUUGAACUCCACAACUGUCAUUCCGUCUUCGAGCGAGCAGCGAAAUCUACCCUUUGCCUUGGUCACAUCUGCGCACCCUGUCCAGAAUGGCAGACGAAGGCUGCUUGCGUCUAUCAGACCUUGGUUCCAGAGUUCCUUCUUUCACGGAUGCUGCACUUCUUUCAGAUCCUUGGAGGCCAAAGUACAGAGCUCUCUCGGUCACUUCAUGACACUAUUCUGGUAGAGACGGCUUCACUGCAUUGCCUCCAACUCUGUUCCAAGGUCUCCAGUUAUGACUGGUGGCUUGAAUAAAUCAUACCACACUUGAAGACUGCUUUCAUCAUCUGAGAACACUCACUAUCACCCAUGCACUGGAAAGUUUCACUGGACAGAAGUAGUAGGCGACCAAGUAUAGAAUCUGUGAACUGUAAGUGACAUUGCCUUGAGUAUGUAAAUCAUCUGAAAUCAUCAAAGUUAGUUACUUUGCAGGGAUAUGCGGAAUAACAAAUGACAUUUCCA